AUGCCUCAACACAGUCGUCGAAAACCGUUCAGUGGCAAGCAGAAGACAGCCCAGCUCCAGCGAAAGCGAGAUGUGCAGCGAUUCCGAGAGGACGACGAGGAGCCUGCCAAAGAGAAGCUGGAGAUACGCUCAGACUCGCCAUCUGACUCAGAUAAAAAUGCAGAAACACUGGUCACGUCUAAAAGGGCAAUGAUCGUAGAUAAAUUUGAGCCCAAGUUCGAAGAAGGCGGUGCCGUGGCUGAGACAAGGCGUCAAGACAGAUACAAACUGAUGUUUGCCCAAGAAAGUGCCAGUGAAAUUGAGGAGCGCAAGCGGGAGUCGCGUCAGCCAUUGCAAACCCUGGCAGAAAAAGACUUGGAAGUGUCCUAUGAAGAUAUCUAUGGAAGUAUUGAGCACAUCGACAUGCCUGUUCGUCCCACCUGGCAAUACAGCCUGAGCAAGCAGCAGCUGGAAGCUAAGGAGCAGCGCUACUUCAAUGAGUACAUUGACCAGCUCAUGGCUGAUACACACAACCAUCCGCUAAGCUACUUUGAGCGGAACCCGGAGUCUUGGCGGCAGCUGUGGCGUGUGCUGGAGAUGUCGAAUGUAAUAGUGAUUAUCGCCGAUGCACGCCAUCCCAUCCUGCACUUCCCACCAUCCCUGUACCGCCACGUCGUACAUGAACUGAACAAAACGCUCGUGCUAGUGCUGAACAAGAUAGACUUGGUGCCGGCGAGUGUGGUACUGGCGUGGCGCGAGUACUUCUAUGGACUGUUCCCGCAACUUCACGUCGUCCUCUACACGGCACGCCCAGGGAACCAGAGCAGCAGCCAGCGCUCCGACGCCAAGGGUCUGAUGUCGCACGCCCGGUGCGGCGCUAAGCGGCGCAUGAUAUGCGUACAAGGUGCCCGUCAGCUGAUCCGCGCCCUGGCCAAUGUGGUGGCCGAUCACAGUACGCUGUCCGGUUGGACGGAUAAACUCUCAAAGUUUGAAGUGUGCGACGAUGCUGGAAUAACAGCAGCAUCAGUGCACGAAGAGAUAGUACCUCAUAGCCGGCGUGGUAAGCAUACCGCAUACUCCAGCAACGGUACAAACGGUGGCACUGAAGCAACGGCAGCGGCAACAGCAUCCUCACCGCCGUCCUUCAUUACAAUAGGUUUGGUCGGCCAUCCCAACGUGGGUAAGUCCUCCAUUCUCAAUAGCCUGAUUGGCAAGCAAGUUGUAAGUGCGUCGCGCACACCCGGCCACACGAAGCACUUUCAGACGCACUUCCUCACACCGCACAUCCGCCUGUGCGACUCACCUGGCCUAGUCUUUCCGUCACGUGUUGAAAAACAGCUACAGAUCCUGUCCGGAAUGUGCCCUAUUUCCCAAGUGCAUGAGCCAUAUACAUCCGUCGGCUAUCUGGCGGUGCGCCUGGGAUGUAAUUUGCUGUACCGACUGGGACUGGCCAAGAAAACAAGUGAAACAUGCCCGACUGUUCCUCCACAAUCCGAUGCAUGCGUCGACAGUUCAACAAACCCGCCGUGCAACGGCCACGCUAGUUCAAGCUCACUUCGUUGUGACGGCCACACCUGGUCCGCGUGGGACGUCUGUGAGAAGUGGGUGGAGGAAAGGGGUUUCCGUACCGCAAAGGGCGCCCGUCCCGAUACCUACCGUGCCGGGAAUCAUAUUCUGCGCCUGGCGACAGAUGGCAGAAUAGCACUGUUCGUACGACCGCCGAAAUCCACUGAAGACUUAUCGAAAUGGAUGUGCCAUCCCGAAAUAAAGAGCGUUGUUGCAGUCCAACUGGACGCCUUGGACCAUGAUGAGUUGAGCCUUAACCUGUUGGCACAGCUAAGUGCUAGCAGCAACUCCAGUGCUGCCGCAUCGUCAGCAGAUGAUAGUUCCUGUCGUGGGGUAGCGUCACGUGCGGUCGCAGCCGCUCCGGCCACCCGCAAUCCGUUUGCCGGAUUGGCCGUGGCGGAUAGUGAAUAA